GUGCCACUAUAUAUAUUGACGAGUCACGCAGGAUUUUCAAACGCUUAAUCGAUUUAAAAAAAAAAAAAACUCUAAAUUCUUCUAAAAAAUUCACCAUGACCGGCAACAGAGGCGGGGACAGAUCGCGACGGGACCACCCGCCACCGGGAAGUUCGGGGCGGAGCAAUGCGUUGCCGUCGAGACACCUUUGGGUGGGGAAUCUAUCGCAUAGUAUACUAGAGCCGGACCUCACAAACCACUUCUUGCAAUACGGGGAACUAGAGAGCGUAGCUUUCCAGCCAGGUCGAAGCUACGCUUUUAUCAAUUUCAAGAACGAAGAAGAAGCUGUUUCCGCCAUGAAAGCGCUCCAAGGUUUCUCCGUAGCGGGGAAUCGGCUUAGGAUUGAGUUUGCCAAGGCGGAGGAAGAGGAGGAGCAUGGUGGUGGUGGUGGUGGUGGUGCCACUGAUGGUAAUGGUGAUUAUGAUAAUGUUGUGGUUCUGGGUUCUGUUGAGGAGGUGGAUAGACAUGCUGGAGGAAACCAUGCUGCUGGGCCUGGCGGAAACUGUACUGUUGUAGAUUGGUUAGAAGGAGAGUUUUGUAUUAGCUGUAAUGGAGGAAGUGGUCAGGUUUUGGUUUGCAGCGAAAAUGGCUGCCCGGUUGCUAUACACAAGGAGUGCAUGAAUUGUGAACCUAUAUUUGAUGAAAUAGGUAAAUUCUACUGCCCUUAUUGUUGGUACAAGAGAGAACUAGCAAGGACAAAAGAGUUGAGAAGGAAAGCUAUGUUGGCAAAGAAAGAAAUGUUAAGCUUUAUAUGUUUGAAAAGAGAUGGUGGAAAUGAAGAGAAGCAGGAAGAUGAAACAGAAAACAUGAAAGCAGCAAGUAUAUCAACAGUGGCAGGGGAAAUAAAUUCUGGUGAUUGUGAAAAUGGCCUGAAUGAUGAUGAUAAUGAGACAUCACAUCAUAAUCAGAAGGAAAAACCAGGUGUUGAGUCCAUAAGCAAGGAAAAAUUUGAUGAGGAAAGUAUAUGUAAAACUCACAGGUUUGAUAAUAUUGAGGAUGGAGAAAGAAUGGCAGAGGAGGAUAUAGAAAAUUCUUCCGAUAAUGAAGAUGAUGAAAUUGAUGAGGAUCAAUGGCAAAUACAACCAUCCAAUCCAAGCCAUUUAGAAAUUGUGAAAGAUACACUUAAUUUAUCAACUAAAGAAACUUCUGACGUUGAAGGUGCAUUGGAAGGGAACCAGGGGAAAAGGGGGAAGGAAGAGCCAGUUCUCCCAAAUGCAGUAGGAACUACUAUAACACUAAUAACCAGAGAUGCUACAUCCAAGGUGCCUGCAAUUGAAAGUUUUGAGUUUGUAUCACCUGAUUUGGAUACUGGGACACUCGUAGUGCAUCAAAAGCGUGUCAAACGAACAGCUCAGAGGGCACAACCUCAGAAAGUUGAUUCACCAAAGAAUCCAUCCUUUCAACCAAUUACCAGUGCAGAGGAUAAGAAGACGAACCAACAAGGAAAAGCUACAACAGCAAAAAACUCUGUCCAAUGCCAGCAAUUAACCAAGCGAAACAUGAUCCCGAUACUGGGUACUGAAAAGCGUAGGAGGUUACACUGGACAGCUGAAGAGGAAGCUAUACUGAAGGAGGGAGUGCAAAAAUUUUCGAAUACAAUGAACAAAAACAUCCCCUGGAGGAAAAUUUUGGAAUUUGGUCAUCAAGUUUUCGACACAACUCGUACUCCAGUUGACCUUAAGGAUAAAUGGAAGAAGAUUAUUUCCAAAGAGGCCCCAAAAAAGUAAUCGGAGGUACUGAUUACAUCUGGAGGUAAAAGGGAAUGUUUUUAGUUGUAAAUAUGUUUAUCUUGCUGCAAUUAUCGCUUGCAAAACAGGUGCGUAGCAGGGUGCCUGAUAUGUGAAAUGUAGAAGUUACUGUUCUAUAACCGGAUAAUGUUUUUUUGCUCCUUUUUUGCCUAUGUUGCUGCAUUGUUGUAAUUUUUUUGACAAAUGGAUAAAUCUGGAUUAUAGAAUCUUUUA